AUGGCAGACGGCGAGUCGCUUCACCUGACGCGUGUCGACAGCGUGCGCCUCGAGGUUCUCGCGCGCGGCGCUGAGGCGGUAGGGACGCUCACGGAUGUGUAUUUGGUGCCGCGACUGGCAAAGAACAUUGUGUCGUACGGCAAGCUCGCGAACAAAGGAUUAGACCUAGUGCACUCCAGCGACAGGCGCUCGCUCGCUCGGUGCAGAGAUGGUGCAGUCGCGUUCGAUGUCACAAAUGACAGCAACGUGCUGUAUGUCGUGACGAAGGCCACGCACGACAAGGAAGGUGCAGGCGGCGACGCGAUCAUGGCGGUGCUCGAAGCGCAUGCCACGGAAACUAACGCCGACGAGCCGCACGAAGCCUCGCUGUUGCACUGA